GCCUAUUUCCUGAAGUUGUUUGUAUUUUAUCUGAGCUGGUAUUUUUCACGUUGCCUUCUGUGCUUUUUACAACUUUUAUCCAAAAAAAAAAUGGUUGAACGGAUGUAUUACUUUUUAAAGAAUGGAUUACUGUGAAGAUGAGGAAUGUAGUUACAGUUGUUGGUACACAAUAUCAGAUUUCUCACUUGGCCAUCUAAUUGAGUGAUGCGUCUGUCUGUUCGACGGGGAUUCAUAUUGCUAUUGUGUCUGUUUGGAGUGUAUGCUGCUGUGAAAGCACUCUACCAUAUGCUUAUGUGCCAGAGUGGAUAUCCUCAUAGCCUAGGAGUGUCAAUACUAGUUAAGGGCAGCAAUCAGACCCUAUACCACUACAACCAGGACUCACCGAUGGUAUUUGUUGGUGGGGUACCUCGCUCAGGCACCACGCUGAUGCGUGCCAUGCUUGAUGCCCAUCCUAAUAUCCGCUGUGGUGAGGAGACCCGAGUGAUCCCCCGGCUUCUGGCUCUGCGCCAUGGCUGGAGGAGGUCAGCAGAAGACCGCUGGGCACUGGAUGAAGAGGAGAUCAGCCAGGACAUGCUGGACUCAGCCACAGCUGCAUUCUUGCUUGAGGUUAUUGCUCGUCAUGGUGAGCCUGCACCACUGCUCUGCAAUAAGGACCCGUUUACGCUGAAAAGCUCCAUCUACCUCUCUAAAUUAUUUCCCAACUCAAAGUUUCUUCUUAUGGUACGUGAUGGUCGGGCCUCUGUGCACUCUAUGAUCUCGAGACAAGUCACAAUUGCUGGUUUUGACCUUUCCAGCUACAGGGACUGCCUUAGCAAGUGGAGCCAAGCAAUAGAGGUCAUGUUAUUUCAGUGCACACUGGUAGGUUCUACACGCUGUCUGACCAUUCGCUAUGAAAAUUUGGUCCUGCAGCCACGCACCACUAUGGUGAGAGUGCUGGAGUUCCUGAAAGUACCAUGGCAUGAGGGGGUACUUCACCAUGAGGAAGCUAUUGGGCAGCCUGGAGGAGUUUCUUUAUCUCGAAUCGAGCGGUCCACUGACCAGGUCAUCAAACCAGUUAACCUAGAGGCACUCACUCGCUGGGUAGGCCACAUUCCAGCUGAUGUUCUCAAAGAUAUGGAGAAUAUUGCUCCAAUGCUUAACAAGCUGGGCUAUGACCCUACUGCCAAUCCCCCACAAUAUGGCCAACCAGAUCCUGAAGUGAUUCAUAAUACAGAAAGGGUGCUCAAAGGAGAUUUUAAGCCUCCAGCAAGUUUGAAAAGACCAUCACAAGUAUGAUAUAGAAGUUUCUGUAUAUAUCUGGUCCUUUUGUAUAUUUUUAAUUAAGUGUAUGUUAAAAACAUGUUCCAGCAUAAAAAUGCCCCGUGUACAAAUUUUACACAAUUGUAUUGCAAUUUUUGACAAAUAUAGAAAAAAAAAUAUUAAAGUUGCAACAAAGGGAUA